GAAGGAAUUGUAAGACAGAAAGCAGAGAUGCUUUUUACUUUGUUGGGAUGUUCCGCAUCACCAACAUUGAGUUUCUCCCCGAACACCGACAGAAGGAGUCCAGGGAAUUUCUUUCCGUGUCACGAACUGUGCAGCAAGUGGUUAACUUUGUUUAUACUACAUCUGCCUUCUCCAAAUUUUACAAGCAGUGUGUCGUUUCAGAUGUCAGCAACAACAAAGGCGGCCUCCUUGUCCAGUUUUGGAUUGUGUUUGUCAUGCCACAUGCCAAGGGCCAUAUCUUCUGUGAGGACUGUGUGGCAGCCAUCUUGAAGGACUCCAUCCAAACCAGCAUCAUAAACCGGACCUCUGUGGGGAGCUUGCAGGGUCUGGCUGUGGACAUGGACUCUGUGGUAUUAAAUGACAAAAGCUGCUCUCAGGACUUCUAUGCAGAUCAUCUGUCUCUCCAAUACCCUCUGGAGAUUUUUGCAACUUCAGGGAGGCUGAUGUGCCAGUUUAAGCUGGUGGCCCUAGUGGGUUAUCUAAUCCGUUUCUCGAUUGAGUCCAUCCAGAUUGAAGCUGACAACUGUGUCACUGACUCCUUAACCAUUUACGACUCCCUCUUGCCAAUCCGGAGCACCAUCUUAUACAGAAUCUGUGAACCCACAAGAACAUUAAUGUCAUUUGUUUCCACAAACAAUCUCAUGUUGGUGACAUUCAAAUCACCUUAUAUACAGAGGCUAUCAGGAAUCCGUGCAUAUUUCGAGGUCAUUCCAGAAGAAAAAUGUGAAAACACAGUGUUGGUCAAAGAAAUCACUGGAUUUGAAGGGAAAAUUUCAAGUCCAUAUUACCCGAGUCACUAUCCUCCGAAAUGCAAGUGUACCUGGAAAUUUCAGACUCCCCUAUCAACUCUUGGCAUAGCACUGAAAUUCCACAACUAUUCAAUAACCAAGAAGAAUUUGAAAGGCUGUGACCAUGGAUGGUGGGAAAUUAAUGAGCACAUGUACUGCGGCUCCUACAUGGAUCACCAGACGAUUUUCCGAGUGCCCAGUCCCAUCGUUCACAUCCAGCUCCAGUGCAGCUCAAGGCUUUCAGACAAGCCACUGUUGAUAGAAUAUGGCAGUUACAACAUCAGUCAACCCUGUCCUGCUGGGUUUUUCAGAUGCUCCUCUGGCUUGUGUGUCCCUCCGGCCCAGCGCUGUGAUGGGGUAAAUGACUGCUUUGACGAGAGUGAUGAGCUUUUCUGUGUGGCUCUCAAACCUGCUUGCAAUGCCAGUUCCUUCAGGCAGCAUGGCCCUCUGGUCUGUGACGGCUUCAGGGACUGUGAGGAUGGCCUGGAUGAACAAAACUGCACCCAAAGCAUACCAUGCAACAAUAGAACUUUUAAGUGUGGCAAUGAUAUAUGCUUUAGGAAACAAGAUGCAAAAUGUGAUGGAACAGUGGAUUGUCCAGAUGGAAGUGAUGAAGAAGGCUGCAGUUGCAGCAAGAGCUUCUCUACCCUCCAGCGCAUCAUCGGUGGUACUGACACCCUGGAAGGUGGCUGGCCAUGGCAAGUCAGCCUCCACUUUGUUGGAUCUGCCUACUGUGGGGCAUCAGUCAUCUCCAGGGAGUGGCUUCUUUCUGCAGCCCACUGUUUCCAUGGAAACAGGUUGUCUGACCCUACGCCAUGGACUGCUCACCUCGGGAUGUACGUGCAAGGGAAUGCCAAGUUUGUGUCCCCGGUGAGAAGAAUUGUGGUCCAUGAGUACUAUAACAGCCACACCUUUGACUAUGAUAUUGCUCUGCUACAGCUCAGUAUCACCUGGCCUGAGACCCUGAAACAGCUCAUUCAACCCAUAUGCAUUCCUCCCGCUGGCCAGAAAGUUCACAGUGGGAAGAAAUGCUGGGUAACCGGCUGGGGGCGAAGGCAUGAAGCAGACAAUAAAGGCUCUGCUGUUUUGCAGCAAGCAGAGGUAGAGAUCAUUGACCAAACCCUCUGUGUCUCCACCUAUGGGAUCAUCACAUCACGAAUGCUCUGUGCUGGCAUAAUGUCAGGCAAGAAAGAUGCUUGCAAAGGAGAUUCGGGUGGACCUUUAUCUUGUCGAAGAAAAAGUGAUGGAAAAUGGAUUUUGACUGGCGUUGUUAGCUGGGGAUAUGGAUGUGGAAGACCGAACUUUCCUGGUGUUUAUACAAGGGUGUCAAACUUUGUUCCUUGGAUUCAUAAAUAUGUCCCUUCUCUGUUGUAAAUGGAUUUUUGACUAUGAUUCAUGUGAUAGAUUCUUUAAAAAGAAUGCAAUAAUU